AUGGACGGAGUGAGCGUAGUUGAGAGCUCUCAUCUGCAUGCCAUACACCAAGAAUGUGUACAGGAACAAACAACAUUAUAUGUAUACGGGGGAGCCAUGAAACUAGUAACAUUGUACUAUUUUGGAAAUGCUAGAACAAUUAAACCCAACUUUACAGCUCCGGAGGACGUCCUCAGGAUGAACUUGAAGCUCGCCAUUCUACUGGUCCUGUUUGACCAUGUGGCCGGUAUGACGUAUAUGGGCUGUUACCAAGAUGUAAAGGGUCGCAUCCUGCUGCCCAUGUUGUCCAACGACAACUCCAACAGCCCGGUACGCUGCAUAAAACGCUGCAAGGACGGUGGUUACAAGUACGCCGGAGUCGAGUUUAAUGUGGAGUGUUUCUGUGGAAACAGUUUUCGGGUGUCACCCCAGAAACUUGCCGAGAACCAGUGUACGUACACUUGUCCCGGGGACAGAAACUACAAGUGUGGGGAUAGCUGGAAGAUUAACGUGUACGGCACCAGUGCCUGCGACCCAAGUCCUUGCUCGAACGGGGGUGCUUGCACGGACACUUCAAGUGGUUACACGUGCGCGUGUCCUUCCGGUUGGACAGGAACCACCUGUCAAGACCGAAACGUAUGUGUUAAUGCCGACCCGUGCACCCAUGGGACCUGCUCGUACGUAUCCGGUGGUAGCUACACGUGCGCAUGUCAGACCGGCUGGACAGGAACAAAUUGUGACACAGACGUGAACGAAUGUACUACCAACGAUCCUUGUGCUAACGGAGCAGCCUGCACCAACUCCGUUGGAGGUUACUCGUGCGCAUGUACAACCGGAUGGGAGGGCACGGACUGUGACGUUGAUAUCAACGAGUGCGACGUCAACAACCAAUGUACAAACGGUUCCGCCUGUGUGAACCUGGAUGGAGAUUAUAGUUGUACCUGCAGCGGCUUCUGGGAGGGCAAACAUUGUGACGAAGAUGUGAAUGAAUGUACGGCGGACAAUCCUUGUGCCCAUGGCGCUGCUUGUACCAACGCUAUUGGAAACUACGAGUGCGCAUGUACAACCGGAUGGGAGGGGAAAGAUUGUGACGUCGACAUUAACGAGUGCACAACAGACGAUCCUUGUGAAAAUAGCGCCGCCUGCUCCAACUCAGCUGGGGACUACAGCUGUGCCUGUAACGCCUUCUGGCAGGGAAAGAACUGCGACACGGAUGUAAACGAGUGUACAUCUGACAAUCCCUGUGACAAUGGCGCUGCCUGCAAUAACUCAGUCGGAGACUACGAGUGCGCAUGUACAACCGGAUGGGAGGGCAAAGACUGUGACGUCGACAUUAACGAGUGCACAACAGACGAUCCUUGUGAAAACAACGCCGCCUGCUCCAACUCAGCUGGGGACUACAGCUGUGCUUGUAGCGCCUUCUGGCAGGGAAAGAACUGUGACACGGAUGUAAACGAGUGUACAUCUGACAAUCCCUGUGACAAUGGCGCUGCCUGCAAUAACUCAGUCGGUGACUACGAGUGCGCAUGUACAACCGGAUGGGAGGGCAAAGACUGUGAUGUCGACAUAAACGAGUGCACGAGGGACGAUCCUUGUGAGAACGGCGCCGCCUGCUCCAACUCAGCUGGGGACUAUAGCUGUGCCUGUAGCGCCUUCUGGCAGGGAAAGAACUGUGACACGGAUGUAAACGAGUGUACAUCUGACAAUCCCUGUGACAAUGGCGCUGCCUGCAAUAACUCAGUCGGAGACUACGAGUGCGCAUGUACAACCGGAUGGGAGGGAAAAGACUGUGACGUCGAUGUGAAUGAAUGCACCACCGCCGACCCUUGCAAGAAUGGUGCCACGUGCACAAACACGGCUGGUGACUAUGAGUGCGCAUGCGCAGUAGGUUGGCAGGGAAAGGACUGUGACGGAGACGUGGAUGAGUGUGUGCGCGCGGACCCGUGCCAGAAUGACGCCACGUGCACCAAUUUGCUUGGGGAUUACAACUGCACGUGCAGUAUUUUGUGGGAGGGAAAGAAUUGCGAGUCAGACGUGAACGAAUGCGACCAGAGCCCGUGCCAGAUGGGCGACUGUGAAAACCUGAUCAACGGCUACCGGUGCAUAUGUAUCUCCACCUACACAGGCAGACUCUGUGACUACGAGAUCGGCCAGCCAAUGGACGGGCAGUGGAGCGCCUGGCAGGGGUGGCAGGGAUGCUCGGCAACCUGCGGCACGGGUGUCCAGAAACGCUACCGCGCAUGCGACGACCCGACCCCGGACUACGGCGGCAAGCCAUGCGAGGGCGAUAGCUUCGAGUCUCAGUCCUGCUCCUCGGGAUCGGCGUGCCCGGUGGUGGUUGACGGCAAUUGGAGCGCGUGGAGCCAGCUUUCAACGUGCAGUGCCACGUGUGGACUGGGAACUACUGUUCGAACGAGGACCUGCUCAGACCCAGCCCCCAGUAACGGCGGCUCACUGUGUACCGGAGAGGCGGCCGUUGUUGAGACGUGCGAACUCCAGGCAUGUGAAUCCGCCAGCGGCAAUUACGCCUCCGCCUAUGCGAACGCCUGUCCCACAGGCUUCUUCACGUGCUACUCGGGCCGCAUCACGUGCAUCCAAGAGGAUUUUGCCUGCGACUGUGAAGAGGACUGUUUUGACGGAAGUGACGAGGUCAGUGACUGGGCCGGUUGUGCAGUGACGUGCAGGAACAAAGCCUCCGGAGUUCAGUCCAUUUCGAUUGUUCUGAUGCUGCUGAUGACGGCUGCGCUGACGAUGCUUUAA